AUGGGAAACAAGUUAAAAGGUGCCAAGCGCCAAAAUGAAGCAGUAGCAGCUUCAAAUACAAAGAGGGUGAAAUUAGACAACAAAGAGCCAAUUACUCAAGAGCUGUCUGAUUCAGAUUUAUCAGUAAGCGAGAAUGAGGAAGAAGAAGAGUCUCCUGCCGAGUCAUCAGAAGACGACUUGGAUGACUUGGAUGACUUGGAUGAUUUGGAUAAAGAAGAGCUGAGUGAGGAAGACGAAGUGGUUGUGGAAGGUGAAACCUCUACAGUUGACCCAAAUAAAAAGACAUCCAAAGAACAGCACAGUGAACAAAAGAAGUUAUUAAGUGACAGAAAACUACAAAGAAAAUCGGGAGCCAAAGUUCAGGAUAUCAAGAGAUUAUGGGAGAAAUUGAGAGUCAACCAACCAGCACCAACAAAAGCACAACGUGAUAAAUUGUGUGAUGAAAUAUGGGAAUUAUCUCAUGAUGUCAUUAAUGACUUGGUGUUAAAACACGAUGCAUCGAGAGUGGUGCAAACAUUGAUUAAAUACUCCAGCAAAGAGAGAAGAGACAAGAUCGUUGAUGCUUUAAAAGGUUCGUUCUAUCAACUCGCCACUUCUGCGUAUGGUAAAUACUUGCUCAUCAAGAUUUUGCAUUACGGUUCUAAGGAAGCUAGAGCAGUCAUUGUUAACGAGUUACACGGUAAGCUUCGUAAGUUGAUGAGACAUAGAGAAGGUGCAUACGUUGUUGAAGAUUUGUUUGUAUUGUAUUCUACUGCAGCACAAAAGCAGCAAAUGAUUAGGGAGUUCUGGGGAAGUGAAUACGCCGUGUUUAGAGAUUCAGGCAAAGGUAAGACAGUUGUUGAUAUUAUAAGAGAAUCCUCGGAAAAGAAGCAAUUGAUUAUGCAAAACUUGUAUGGAACUAUUAAACCCUCAGUCGAAAAAGGAUCAACUGGGUUCCAAAUCUUACAUGCGGCAAUGAAAGAGUACGUUAGCAUAUUGGUUGAGGAUAUAGACGCAAAUGACUCCGCAAUCAGGGAUUUUAUUGAUUUGUUAGCUGAACAAUUUGCCGAAUUGGUGCACACUCAAGAAGGAUCGGAAGUUGCGUGUUAUUUAAUUGCUUUGGCCAAUGCAAAGGAGAGAAAGGGGAUUAUCAAGAGUUUAAAAGCACAUAGGCAGGAAUUAAUCAAGAACGAAUAUGGAAAUGUUGUUCUCAUUACAUUGUUCAUGGCAGUCGAUGACACAGUGUUGACUUAUAAGUCAUUCUGCAGUGAAAUGUUUACUGCCGAAGAGCUUCCUCCAUUAGUCCAAGAUAAGUUUUCGAGAAGACCAAUCUUGUACAUAUUGAGAGGAUUAGAUGGAAAGUACUUUGCUCCAAAUGUCAAACAGGCUUUGUUGAAGUACCAGGACUUGGCUUACAAAAAGACAUCAAAGAAGGAUAAAGAAGUCAAGAGACAGGAGUUGUUUGAUAAAUCAAUUGAACCUAUUUACAAGGCAUUACUUGAUAGCGAGGAAAUCAAUAAAUUGUUAUCAGUAAAUAUUGGUGCCCAAUUCAUCACUGAUCUUUUGAUUACUCCAACCUCCAAUGAUAAAGUUAAUUCUCAAUACCGACCACAAUUAUUGGAAGCAGUCUUUGACAAAACCAUCAAGGGAGACGUAUUGGAAGACUAUCAUUUAUUAAACAAAACACCAUUUAUAUCGAGAUCGGUAAAAGCAUUGAUGCACGGAAACCAAUUCAAAUUCAGCAAUGAUGUAAAGAAAUUGAUUCAACUUGAAAAUGCCGUAGAAAUACCCGGUGUUGGCGUUGAAUUCGCCGAGAAAACAGUGGAUGAGAUUUUAAACAAUAAUCAAUUGACCAAUUGGACCAGAGGACAGCCGGCAUUUGUUUUAGUCUCGGCAUAUGAAGUUUUGCAAUUGGCAAAAUCAAACAAAACUAAGACAUUACACCAACAAUUGAAAAAGAAACAGAAAAACAUGUCAAAGGAGGAUAAAGGUUCAAAGAUUUUAUUAGAGCUUAUAUAG